AUGACAUGCAAUGCUGCAAGUAACGAGUACGAAUCACUGAAUUCCUUACUGAACAGUUCAUUUGCGCAUCAUCAGAAUGGGGACUUCAGUAUAUCUCAUGCGUCGUCCACAUACCCAUCGUCACCAUCAGCCGUCCGUUCACUGAAUGCCUCCCGCAUUCAGUCUGGUGCUGGAGCAUUUGCACCGCCACCAGGUUUUGGUUCUGUCGUCUCCUCGCAAAGUACAAGCAUUGGUGGAGCGAAUCCGGCAGUACCUCCACCGUCUCUUAGACCUUAUUACAACGCCCAAAUGCCGCCACCUGCAGGCCUGCCACUUCAGCCAUCUCAACAUGCCUCGUUCGCAACAUUUAAUAGUCAACACAGUAAUUGGAUGUCAUCCGGUCACGGGAAACAAACAGGCGUGCGUUCCCUGUAUAUUCAAAUGCAAGAUACGCCAAAUCCGUUGUCGCUGAAGUUCUUGCCAGGACAAGCAAUCCUUGACGAACCGAGGACAUACGAAUUUACGUCUGUUGCAUCAGCGAGGGAUAAAGAACUGUUCCACAUCAAUGGCGUACGGUCGGUGUUUCUUGGGCAAGAUUUCAUCACUGUCACAAAGAAGGACGAAGAAACCGACUGGGCAUUGAUGCGAGCGGAAAUAUUGUCGGCUAUAACCAAUUUCAUUGAGUCAGGGAAGCCAGUAAUCACAGAAGGUGGAUCCGCUCCAGCUUACGAUGAUACAGUGAUUACUGAAGACGAUGAUGACACAGUAGCAAUGAUCAAAGAGUUGCUGGACUCAAGAGUACGGCCAAUGGUGCAGGAGGAUGGUGGU